AUGCGUAUCUCCUCCAUCACGGGUCUGGCCCUCUCGGCCACCAUCCCAGCCACGGUCUCGGCGCAGCUGAACCAGCUCGCAAAGGCUGCUGGAAAAUCAUACUUUGGCACCGGUACUGAUAACGGGGAGCUGUACGAUUCAGCCUACGUCAAGAUCACAUCGUCGACCGAGAACUUUGGCCAGCUAACUCCAGCCAACGGACAGAAGUGGGAUGCCACAGAGUCGACUCAAGGGUCAUUCUCAUUCACGAAUGGGGACGUCGUUCCCAAUUUUGCCAAGAAGAAUGGCCAGAUCGUGAGAUGUCACACGCUUUUGUACCGUUCUCAACUGCCGUCUUGGGUGACGUCGGGGACAUGGACCGCCGAGACUUUGACUUCGAUGCUGGAGACUCACAUCUCCAAUGUCGCUGGCCACUACAAGGGUCAAUGCUACUCCUGGGACGUUGUUAACGAGGCCAUCGAUGAUGACGGAAACUAUCGAGACACCGUGUUCUUCAAGGCGCUCGGUACUGACUACGUCCCUCUUGCAUUCAAAGCGGCAGCUGCUGCUGAUCCAGACGCUAAGCUCUACUACAAUGAUUACAACAUCGAGGCCACCAAUGCGAAGCAGCAGAAGGCUGUGGAGCUCGUCAAGCUGGUGAAAGACGCCGGAGAACGAAUUGACGGUAUCGGUUUGCAAGGACACUUUAUCGUCGGUAGCAUGACCUCCCAGGAGGAUCUUGAGUCCGUUAUGAAUGAGUUCGUCGCGGCGGGCGUGUCUGAAGUGGCCUACACUGAGUUUGACGUCAAAUUCGAAAGUCUCCCUUACGACGAUGAGGGCCUCGAGCAGCAGGCACAAGACUAUACAACUGUCAUCAAAGCCUGCCUCAACGUCGAGGCUUGCGUCGGCUGGACCAUCUGGGACUGGACUGACAAAUACAGCUGGGUACCCAACACUUUCCCUGGCCAGGGCGGAGCUUGUCUAUAUGACGAGAGCCUUGAACCAAAGCCAGCAUAUUUCUCCGUCUCAUCGGUUCUGGCUGCAGCUCCCUCAUCUUCUGCUUCUGUCUCUUCUUCAGGUUCCAGCACCAGCGUUGAAGCCUCAGCAACUGAAGUCAUUAGCGCAGCGGCCAGCUCGGCCACCUUGACUGCUGCGAACCAGACACAGUCGACUGCUCUUUCAAGUGUGCCCACAACAUUGGUCACACUGUCAUUGAACGGCUCAGAAACAAGCUCUGUGGUACCAGCAAACCCAGCGACGCCCACUGUUGGCCAAGGUUCGGCAGCCACCAUACCAUUCGUGCUCUCCACUGUCACUGGAGGAGCUUCAACUGGGCGCCCCUCGCGCGUUCCGUGUGCAAAGAAACGCCGAUCUCUUGCUCAGAGGGGCUAA